AUGACCGCACUCACCAACUUUCGUCGCAUCAUUGCUCAAGCCGAACUCUUCAGACUCAGCUCCACAGACUCAUCGUCACUUCAUCGUUCAGGUCGAUCCUUUCUCCAGGGCUCACAGCGUUCAUAG